AUGCCCACCGAGAGUGCUUUCAUCUCGGCAUUCGAUUGGCAUCCGGUACUUCUCGAGUUCACUGUGAAGCUGUGCAGAUCAUCGUUAGACCAUGCAGAUGUCUUGGCAGCUGUUCUCACGCCAAAGCCACAAAAAGAUCUCAAGAGGGCGCUGCACGAUGUCUUUCGAAUGGUUAUCAAUGGAAACCUAAAACCAGAACAGGCCGUGUCUGCAUUAAAAGAAAUCCGGGAGAUUCACCGGGAGGUGCUUUCUGUAGCAAUUGAUGUCUUGACCAUAUUAGACAUAGAGACACUUGCUUUGGAGGAGCCCCAGGCUAGGGAGAGGUAUUUGACUCUGCUGAAGCUAUGCAUGGGCGUGUUGCCCUCAGAGACGGUGACCGUGCGCAUGAACGAGGACACACUAGAUGGCGUCGGCGUCCUCAACAAGAAGAACUUUAAGCAGAAGUUUGUGCGCACAAAGACGAAGCUCUUCUACAAGCAGCAGAAGUUCAACUUGUUACGGGAGGAGAGUGAGGGCUAUGCAAAGCUCAUCGUAGAGCUUGGGCAGGAGUUUAAGCCGACGGACACGCCGGAUAAACUGUCGGAGCACGUCAAGUCACUCAUAGACGCGGAUAGUGUUGCCAUGGCGAUCGCAGACACGGCUAUUAUUGCCAUGGCGAUCGCAGACACGGCUAGUGUUGCCAUGGUGAUCGCAGACGCGGCUAGUGUUGCCAUGGUGAUCGCAGACGCGGAUAGUGUUGCCAUGGUGAUCGCAGACGCGGCUAGUGUUGUCAUGGUGAUCGCAGACGCGGAUAGUGUUGUCAUGGUGAUCGCAGACGCGGCCCGUGUUGUCAUGGUGACCGCUGACGCGCCGCGAGUUGCCAUGGUGUUAUAG